AUGGGAUCCGACUCGAAUCAGGUUCCCAAAAUCCCUAAAAUCGACCUCACCGGUCUACACCCAUCCAACCCCGGCGGCGAGCGCUGGCGAGCUGCGAAGGCCGAAGUUGCGGAGGCUCUGUUCUCUCACGGAUGCUUUGAGGCAACUUUCCCCUCCCUCUCGCCGGAGCUCCGGCAGGCGAUGUUUGGCAGCUGCAUGCAGGAGAUCUUCGCUCUUCCUUUGGAGACCAAGCACCGUCUGAAGACCCAACAACCCUACCAAGGCUACAUCGGCCAGAUACCUCACCUGGCCUACGAAAGCCUCGCAUUCGACGAUGCCCUCUCGCCGGCGGCCGCGGAGGAUUUCACCCAGCUUAUGUGGCCGGAAGGAAAUAACAGCUUCCGGAAGACGGUGAUGGAAUUUGCGAGAACUCUGCAUGAGCUGGUGGAGAUUGUGCAGAGGAUGAUGGUGGAGAGCUUGGGGGUGGAGAAGCACUAUGAUUCUCUGGUGAGCUCAAUCACAUAUGGAGUUCGGAUGUCGGAGUACGGUAUUCCAUUAAACCAGGAAACGAAGAUCAGUUUGGAUGCUCAUAAGGACCCGAAUCUGAUCACGGUGGUUUGCCAGAGCGAGAUUGAUGGGUUGGAGGUUGAAAAUUUUGAUGGAGAUUGGGUUCGCGUCGAUGCAUCUCCAAACUCAGUCACUGUUCUAGUUGGCCUGUCCUUUCAGGCAUGGAGUAAUAUGAGAGUGCGAGCCCCAACGCACCGUGUAAGGGUUCUGGGAAAGGAGAAGAGGUUUUCUGCACUGUUUUCUUCUCGGCCGAGCACCAACGCCAUUGUUAAGAGUCCUGAAGAGCUUGGAGAUGAGGACCAUCCUCUGCUUUUUAAGCCUUUCAACUAUACUGAAUUGGUUAAGUUUCUCUACUCUGCAGAAGGAAUGAUGACCAAAGAUGCUUUCAAUGCUUAUUGUAGAAUAAGCAAUGAAGAAGCUGUUUGAGAUGUUUUAUAUUUAUUAAGUAGUUUGUGAAGUUUUCAUAAAUAUGUUUUAUGUGGUGUUUAUGAUAAUUGCUGAAGCUUUGGCUUGAAGGGAAGAAGUAAGGACAGCUUGUAAUCUUACUUUCACUUGUUGAUUGUGUUUUUAUA